AGCGAACUAGAGUGGCGCGUGGAGUCGGGGUGAGGGCGGCGAGGCGCGGGGGAGGGGCCUGCAGCUGGGCCUUGCCGUGUGCGCUGGGCGGCGGCGGGGCCUGGCAGCGUGAGCGCUCGCCUCAGCCGCGGCCGGACGGGCGGGCGCUGCAGACCUCGGCGGCCGGCGUGCGUGGCGGAGGAGUCUUCUGUAUGUGCAGCGCCGACAAGAUGGCCGGGCAGUGAGGGGGCGGCGCUUCCGCUGGUGACCCCAGAGUGUGCGACUGAAGAGCGAGGGGCGCCGCCGCGGCCCGCCGGCCUGCUCCCCGCCCCCUCCCGCUCGUGGCUGCCCGCGCACUUCCUCCCGGCCCUCCCCCCUCUCCCUCCCCUCGGGCGGGGGCCAACUGCCGGCCUCGCCUCUCGAGGGAGCAGCCACCGCAGCCGCGGGGCGGAGAGCUUGGGCGCCGUCUGAGCCCCGCGUCCGACAUGGCGAAAGCGGCGGCAGCGCCCGCCUGCUGCAGCUGUAACCUCCAGCGCCGCCGCCGCGGCUUCCUGCACUAGAUCCGGGAAGUCGACGCCCGUGCCUUCGUCCUCGCUGCCGUCGCUGCCUCCUCGCCAGGCGCUGCGAUGGAGUAAGAGGCCGCGCAGCCCAGGAGAAGCUCGGUGCCCGCCAGCUCGACCUGAGGAGGCGCCUCGGUGGCGCGAGAUGCUGCUCGGGCGAAGGCCGCGCGCCGCGCCGCGGGGAUAGACUGAGCGCCGCCCGCAGGACUCGAACGCUGGUGUCGCUCGCGCACUCGCUCUCUGCGUCUGGAAUUCUCAGGGACGGAGGAGGGGCGCCACGGCCCCAUGUGUGGGAGGAUUGCUUCAGCUCCACAAACUUGCACGGAUUUUGAUUACUUUCUUGGCCAGUGGUUUUGCUCUGAUUUCCUCCGAAUUGCUGCACAUUCGCCAUUGUUCCCUGGCUGCUUACAAAGUUGGAUCCGGAUUUUUUUUUCGACCGGGAGCCAUUGGUUUAGAAGUGUCUGCAAUGAACCCCGUGAAUGCUACUGCUCUCUACAUUUCCGCGAGCCGCCUAGUGCUCAACUACGACCCCGGAGACCCCAAGGCAUUUACAGAGAUUAACAGGCUCUUGCCUUACUUCCGACAGUCCCUCUCGUGCUGUGUUUGCGGACAUUUGCUGCAAGAUCCUAUUGCACCUACCAACUCCACCUGCCAACACUAUGUCUGCAAAACGUGUAAAGGCAAGAAAAUGAUGAUGAAACCUUCAUGUAGCUGGUGCAAAGACUAUGAACAGUUUGAGGAAAACAAGCAGUUAAGCAUUCUAGUGAAUUGCUACAAAAAGCUAUGUGAAUAUAUAACACAGACUACACUUGCACGGGAUAUAAUAGAAGCAGUCGACUGUUCUUCGGAUAUUUUGGCUUUGCUUAAUGAUGGGUCAUUGUUUUGUGAGGAGACAGAAAAACCCUCCGAUUCAUCCUUUACUUUGUGUUUGACACAUUCCCCUUUACCUUCAACUUCAGAACCUACAACUGAUCCUCAAGCUAGUUUAUCUCCAAUGUCUGAAAGUACCCUAAGCAUUGCUAUUGGCAGUUCUGUUAUCAAUGGUUUACCUACUUAUAAUGGGCUUUCAAUAGAUAGAUUUGGUAUAAAUAUUCCUUCACCUGAACAUUCAAAUACGAUUGAUGUUUGUAAUACUGUUGACAUAAAAACUGAGGAUCUAUCUGAUAGCCUGCCACCUGUCUGCGACACAGUAGCCUCUGACUUGUGCUCCACUGGCAUUGAUAUCUGCAGUUUCAGUGAAGAUAUAAAACCUGGUGACUCUCUGUUACUGAGUGUUGAAGAAGUACUCCGCAGCUUAGAAACUGUUUCAAAUACAGAAGUUUGUUGUCCUAAUUUGCAGCCAAACUUGGAAGCUACUGUAUCCAAUGGGCCUUUUUUGCAGCUUUCUUCCCAGUCUCUUAGCCAUAAUGUCUUUAUGUCUGCUAGCCCAGCACUUCAUGGUUUGUCAUGUACAGCAGCAACUCCGAAGGCAGCAAAAUUGAAUAGAAAACGGUCCAGAUCAGAAAGCGACAGUGAGAAAGUUCAGCCACUUCCAAUCUCUACCAUAAUCCGAGGCCCAACAUUAGGGGCCUCUGCUCCUGUGACAGUGAAACGUGAGAGCAAAAUUUCUCUUCAACCAAUAGCAACUGUUCCCAAUGGAGGCACAACACCCAAAAUCAGCAAAACUGUACUUUUGUCUACUAAAAGCAUGAAAAAGAGUCAUGAACAUGGAUCUAAGAAAUCUCAUUCUAAAACCAAACCAGGUAUUCUAAAAAAAGACAAAGCAGUAAAGGAAAAGAUUCCUACUCAUCAUUUUAUGCCAGGAAGUCCUACCAAGACUGUGUACAAAAAGCCCCAGGAAAAGAAAGGGUGUAAAUGUGGACGUGCUACUCAAAAUCCAAGUGUUCUUACAUGCCGUGGCCAACGCUGCCCUUGCUACUCUAACCGCAAAGCCUGCUUAGAUUGUAUAUGUCGUGGCUGCCAAAACUCCUAUAUGGCCAAUGGGGAGAAGAAGCUGGAGGCAUUUGCUGUGCCAGAAAAGGCCUUGGAGCAGACCAGGCUCACUUUGGGCAUUAAUGUAACUAGCAUUGCUGUGCGGAAUGCUAGUACCAGCACCAGUGUAAUUAAUGUCACAGGGUCCCCAGUAACGACGUUUUUAGCUGCCAGUACUCAUGAUGAUAAAAGUUUGGAUGAAGCUAUAGACAUGAGAUUCGACUGUUAAAUCAGUGGGUCUUUAAACCUACCUCUGGUAGGGAAAUAGCUAGUUUUACGGCAGCUAUGGUUCUGUUGGUUUAACUUGCCGGAGCUCCUGCAUAUAGGUCACUUGUAUCAAGUGUUUUCAUUGCUAAGUUAUAUGUGUUAGUGUCGGGGAAAUAGUUUGCAGAUAAUGGAGGAGUAACCCUACAACUGUAUGUCCUUAGUUCUUACAGAACCUCAUAGUUUGAGAACAAAUGCUGAUGCAACUGAUUUAUACAAAAUGAACUUUGGCAAGGAAAAUAAUACAUUAACCUCAUUGUUUAUGGUCAUGCUUUGUGCAUAAUCAAAGUUUAUGAUUAAAUGUAAGGAAGUGGUAUGUAGUCCAUAAAGAUUGUGCUAAUUUUUUGUGGCAGAGUAGCUAUUAGUUUAUUCAGGAGGUUAAUUUAAGGUUGCUUUCAGAUGCAACAUUGACUCCUGUUGAAAAGCUGAUGUAUCCAGCUCAAUCUUUGUGCUGACACAGUACCAUUUCUGAUCAUGAAAAUUGGCUACUGGUGUAUGUAGCAGUUCUUAAAUCAGCAGUAUUAUGAAAGAAAAAUUGCCUCUCGUUAGAAUGUUUAAGAAAUCGGUCCUUUUAAAAAAAAGUGAACAAACUGAAAUUUGUCAGACUGCAAAAUUUAGUUGUCUAUGCUACAAAACUCUUUUAUGAGAAAGAGUUGAGCUCCCUUCUUAGUUUAGUCUGACUCAUUUCUGGGGAAAAAUUAUAAAUCUUUCACUUGGAGCAAUGUUGUAAUUGGAUAAAUGAACAGUUUUAACUGAAUCUAGACUAGUAUGUGACACAGUUUUUAAAAUUAGAUUUUAUUUAGAAAUUGGGAUUUAAAAUAAUUUGAGAAUAAAGCCCCACAACCAGA